AUGUUUGCUAGAGCUGUUCUGAGGUCCGCCGGACCUAUGCGCCAGAGCAUACGCGGAUAUGCGACCGAAGCCCCUAAAUCAUCCUCCUCGACUCCCUGGAUUGUUGGUGCCGCAGCCAUCGGCGCAGGCGCUGCCGGUUACUCCUUCUUAGGCUCGAAGAAAACAAGCGCCGAGUCCGCUCCCAAGCCUUCAGAAGAUGCUGCUCAAGCAGCAAAGUCGGCCCCGGUGGCCAAGGCUUUCCAAGGUGGCGACCAAGGUUUCCUGGAUCUCAAGCUGGCAGAGGUCAUUCCUUACAACCACAAUACCAAGAUCUUGCGAUUCGAACUACCGGAGAAGGACCAGGUGUCGGGGCUGAGCGUUGCGUCUGCUAUCAUCACGAAAUACAAGGGCCCCCAGCACGACAAGCCGGUCAUUAGACCUUACACGCCUAUCAACGAAGAAGAUGAAAAGGGAUUCGUUGAGCUCCUGGUCAAGGUUUAUCCUAAUGGGCCCAUGUCGGAGCACUUGCACUCGAUGACCCCUGGACAGACGCUCUCCAUGAAAGGCCCCAUCCCCAAGUACCCGUGGUCAGCCAACAAGCACGACCACAUCACGCUGAUCGCCGGCGGCACCGGCAUCACGCCCAUGUACCAGCUGAUCCGUGCCAUCUUCAAGAACCCAGAAGACAAGACUAAGGUUUCGCUGAUCUUCGGUAACGUGAAGGAGGAGGACAUUCUCUUGAAGGAGGAACUCCAGAAGAUUGAGAACGAGUUUCCUCAGCGUUUCCGCGCAUUUUACACGCUGGACAAUCCGCCUGAGAGCUGGCCGUAUGGAAAAGGGUUCAUCACCAAGGAACUGCUCAAGGACGUUAUUCCGGACCCAAAGAGCCCAAACAUCAAGGUCUUUGUCUGUGGACCACCGGGAAUGUACAAGGCUAUCAGUGGCGCCAAGGUCAGCCCGACCGACCAGGGUGAACUGAGUGGCAUUCUCAAGGAGCUUGGAUACACCAAGGAACAAGUCUACAAGUUCUAG